AGAGGAGGGUCGGGCACGGACCAGACUUGACGUGAGGCGCUGGACCUCGGCGGCGGUCUGGAGACAACUGGCUUCCUGAAGCCGUCCCUACCCCGAGCCCAGCGUUCCUAAGUCUGUGUCCGCGGGGCAGAGCCGAGCCACCUUCGGUUAGGCGUUCGAGGCGAGCCCGCGCGCCCUGACAGCGGGGCCGGGAGGUCUCGCGAGAUCCGUACGCCUCACGAGCCCGACCGGCGUCUUGGGAGCGGCUGAAGUGAGAGUAUCGGGAUGGACGAGGAUCUGGUGGUCGCGCUGCGGCUGCAGGAGGAGUGGGACGUGCAGGCGGCGCGGCGCGCGGCGGCGCGGGAGCCCCUAUCGUUGGUGGACGCGUCCUGGGAGCUGGUGGACCCCACCCCGGACCUGCAGGCGCUCUUCCUGCAGUUUAACGAUCGCUUCUUCUGGGGUCAGCUGGAGGCCGUGGAGGUGAAGUGGAGUGUGCGCAUGACACUGUGUGCUGGCAUCUGCACCUAUGAAGGGAGAGGAGGCAUGUGCUCCAUCCGUCUCAGUGAACCCUUGUUAAAACUCAGACCAAGAAAGGACCUUGUAGAGACUCUCUUGCACGAAAUGAUCCAUGCUUACUUAUUUGUCACUAAUAAUGACAAAGACCGAGAAGGACACGGCCCAGAGUUCUGUAAACACAUGCAUCGAAUCAACCAGCUGACAGGAGCCAACAUAACGGUCUACCACACUUUCCACGAUGAGGUGGAUGAGUAUCGCCGGCACUGGUGGCGCUGCAAUGGACCCUGCCAGCACAAACAGCCCUACUAUGGCUAUGUGAAGCGUGCCACCAACAGGGCUCCCUCUGCUCAUGACUACUGGUGGGCUGACCACCAGAAAACUUGUGGAGGCACUUACAUAAAAAUCAAGGAGCCAGAGAACUAUGCAAAGAAAGGCAGAGGAAAGACAAAAGCAGGCAAGCAGCCCACAUCGGCAGUGGAGAAUAAAGAUAAACUGUGCAGAGGAGAGGCCCAGCCGCUCAUCCCAUUCAGUGGCAAAGGGUAUGUUCUUGGAGACACAAGCACUUGCCCUUCAGCUGGGAAGCUGAACACCUCACACAUGGUUAAUGACACCAAAGGUCUCUCAGGUCAAGACCAUUCAGCGAGUGGCCUGAAGCUCGAUUCCAACGUUGAGGUGAAAUGUGAACAGAACGGUCUUCCAAAUAAGAAGCCUCAUCUUGUCACCCCUCUUCCCACUGCUAGUCACCAAAGUGUCCUGAGCAGCUACUUCCCCAGAGUCUCUGUUGCCAACCAAAAGGCUUUCAGAAAUGUAAAUGGAUCCCCAGUGAAGAGUGGAACCAUCGAUGGCACCAAGCACUCUGCCUCAGCAGGCGCUCAGAGAAAGGUUCCACCUUCUAGGGCAUCCCUGAGAAAUUCCUCCAAAGUCACGGCACCAGCAUCAGCAACCGUGACAUCUGCAGCUGGGACUUCCGCAGCCAUAUCCCGAGAGGAGAGUGGGUCUGAAGACCAAUUCCUGAACAAGCGACCCAGGUUGGAGGACAGGACUGCUUUGAAUAAUAUCAAGGAGCAAACACAGAGUGGUGGUGACCUUGAGGAUAGCUCACGGCCCACAGCCAUCAGCACGCCUCGGAGCUCAGGCGGUCAGCGGCGGCUGGUCAACUGUCCAGUGUGUCAGGGCGUAGUUUUGGAGUCGCAGAUUAAUGAGCACUUGGACCGCUGCCUGGAAGGCAGCAAAACCAACCUCCGACCUCGAAGAGUGUGAGGUGGAGUGGGUCCCACACCGCCUGAUGGCUCAUGGUGCCGUCACCCAGCAGUUGAAGGACGUGUGGGUCACAGUGUGACUUACUGCACCAGCAGUGUCAUGUCUUACAUACACACAACAAACAGCUGUGCUUUAAGUCUGCAUUUCCAUCCAGACGUGUCCCUGUGACCCCAGAUGCUCAGGGAAGUGAGGCAGGAGCAUCACUGCAGCCCACGGCCUUGGUAGUGUAGGGAGCCUGUCUCAGGAGCUUACUUGUCAGCGUGCUGGGUCCACACAUGCCUUACCAAGACAUGGCCCUGUUUGUUCUGUAUUUGUGUAUGGCUUUGUGUACUUUGGGGUUUUUUUGUUUGUUCAUAAGGUUUUCGAGUACUAUUUUUAUUUAUAUAUUCUCAAGAUGGUCUUAUCAGGAGUCCUGACAGCUGAAUACUUUUAAUGUUAAGCCCCGUUCUCUAAACUGAUGUUAAUCUUUUUGAGGUCUGACACUUUGUUCAGAUAGUAUGAAACAGUAGUUGUCCUAAAAGCAUCCAGAUUUUUUUUUAAUCCUAACAUAUGUUUUCUAUAUUUUAAAAGAUUUUACUUUCUACAUAAAGGUGGUUGCAAGUUUUAAAGACUUCUAUAUUCAUAAUUUAUAUUUUAAAUAUAGUAUGUAUAUUUAUGUAUAUAAUCUGUCCUGCUUUUACUAAAAGUGGCAGAUUUUAAAGACUCAUAUUUAAAAGAAUUUUUAUAGCUCCUGGCAACUCAUGUUAAAAUCCCAGUACUUGGGAGGCUGAGGCAGGGCGGUGGCUGUGGGGUUUGGAGCCAGCCUGGGCCUGGCUCUAGCGUGGGCUGUGGUGAGUCUGGUUGGUUUUUCUCUUUCCUUGUUCCAUCUUUAUUCACCGAGCGGUGGCUGCAGAAUUGAGAGUAGAGUGGAUACUGGAUGGACAGUACCGUUGUUUAGAAUGUUAAAGCCGUCACUUGGUUCUGCGGCCUAUUUGAUGGGGACUUAAGUGAACGGUUUAAACUUGGUGCUAAAACGUAACUGAUGUAGAACCUCUCACAAAGCUGCCUGACUCCUUGGAGAGCAGAAAAGGCCUGGGCAGCACUGUGAACUGUACAGCAAAGUGCAAACAAAAGAUGGUCAUAUCCUCUGAGCACUGUGAGGUGCUGUCUUUCCGCGUUUGGGCAGAGACACACAGACACUGCUCAGUUUGUUUGUCUCAUGUCUGUCCCUCCACCUUGCUACAAGGUGCACAAAGCUUGUGAGGUCAGGUGAACCUGGCUUGUCUGGUGUUCCCCUGUAUAACUUCCCCCAUUCCCACCUCCCCCAGGGGCCUGGGACAGGGCCUGCCUUCCUUAUUAGAGAGUGGGAAGGUGGUAUCUUUGUUAUUGUGUAGGCUUAUUUUCAUUCCUCUGUAGAACUUAAAGAUAACUAGAAGUUUCCCCCUCACCCCAGUAUUAUUGAACCAUUGGAAGUGUCCUGGUGCAGGGCUAAGCGACAACACCCACUCAGGAGUGGACUGUCACAGGGUGUCUGUGGUCAGCUUUAUCUGAGUCCUCUCCUCCCAACAGUGUGCCAUUGUCAGCCUCUCCGCAUUCCUGACAGGAUCUUUAGCCUGUCAGAUCGGAUACCAAGUUUUGAUAUUUCUUAAAGCAUGAAGUUAAAUUUUUGUUAAUGUUUAUAGGUAAGUAGCUAUUGAGGCUUUUUGUUUGGAUAUAUGCCAUAUUUUCACCAAUUUAACAGGUUAUAGACAAAUAUUUUUGUGCCAAACUGCAUAGCUGUGUUUAUGAAGUAAGUCAGAUGGUAGUUCGUGCCUUUCAGGAGCGACCUCCUCAGUGAGGGAAACAUGCAGGUUAAUAUUAGUUAGUGCUUAUGGCGGUGCGGGGUCAGGGUCUCACUCCGGCACUGGUUUUUACCGAGUUGAGUUAGCUUGUUAAGGAGGGGGGGGGGGAUCUCAGGCGGGGAGAGAACUGGGCACAUCUGUGGAAACCCAAGAUGUUGAGCAGGAUGGGAUGUGAGGUCUGAGCCAGCGGCAGGAGGGAGAGCGUAGACAGACAGGCUAGCCAGGUUGAGGGUGUCCGCCAACCAGCUCUGCAGUGACGGUGUGCACAUUAGAAAGUGGGAAUGGGAGGAACCCGUGCCUGUUACAGGAGAUUUGCCGGAAGAGUAAUUAUCCUUUAUCUGUCAUUUUAUCAAUGAAAUGUGAAUUUUGUAUUCUCCCUUUGGAAGCAAAUUUCUGACCCCACAGUGGAGCUAAAGUUGGUUCAGCUCCACAUCGUAGGGCCCACAGCCAUAGGUCCUGUUUCUGUACAAUUUGUGCUUUCAUCCCAGUUGCACGAUGGCUAAAGGCAAUGUGAGAAACCUUUGUUUGGCUUUGGCCGACUGGGCACACAUCCUGACUGGGACCUCUGAGGCAAAUGGGAAAACACUAAAACCUCAUUCUCUCUUGUUCCAAAACUCUAGUUUUUUUCAAAACUUUACAGAUUUUAAAAAAUAAACGAUGUUUUGAUGUAAA